GGUGAUGUUGUCCUUAAUUAUCAAGUCGGCUAUCCCCAGAUACCUGAGGUUUCAGCUGCCUGCUCAGGCUCUCAUCAGAACCAUGUCGACCUCAGAUGGACCCCCCUCUUCGCCCUACACCACGCUGGCCAUCAGUCGCCCCGCAGAGUCCAUCACACACGUCCAACUCCACAGGCCGGAGAAACUCAACGCCAUGAACAAAGCUUUCUGGAGAGAGAUGGUGGAGUGCUUUAAUGAGAUCUCUGAGGACAAAGACUGCAGGGUGGUGGUCGUUUCUGGAGCAGGGAAAACCUUCACGGCCGGUCUGGACUUGAUGGACAUGGCGGGUGACGUGCUCCAGCCGGAAGGCGAGGACGCGGCCAGGAUCGCCUGGAACUUGAGAAGAACCGUCACCAAGUAUCAAGAAACCUUCUCCGUCAUAGAGAAGUGUCCGAAGCCCGUAGUGGUGGCUGUUCAUGGCGCCUGCAUCGGAGGAGGAGUCGAUCUGAUUACAGCCUGCGACAUUCGCCUCUGCAGCCAGGACGCCUGGUUUCAGGUUAAAGAAGUGGAUAUCGGACUCGCAGCAGACGUCGGAACCCUUCAAAGACUUCCCAAAGUGAUCGGCAGCCGCAGUCUGGUGAACGAGCUCGCUCUGACAGCCAGGAAAAUGUACGCCGAUGAAGCCAAGAGCAGCGGGUUGGUCAGCCGGGUGUUUGCAGACCAGGAGGCCCUGAUGGCCGGAGCCCUGGAGGUGGCGGGGGAGAUCGCAGCUCGCAGUCCUGUGGCCGUGCAGGGAACCAAACUGAACCUGAUCUACUCCAGAGACCACAGCGUAGCUGAGGGGCUGCACUACAUGGCGGCGUGGAACAUGAGCAUGCUUCAGACUCAGGAUGUGAUGAAGUCAGCUCAGGCUGCCAUGGAGAAGAAGAGUCCCAAGACGGUGACGUUCUCCAAACUGUGAGCUCUGCUGCAGGAGAGUUGAACAGUUUGUUUUUUAAACUCUCUGUCUGCAGAGGAAACCUUUUCAGUUUUUACUGAGCUGCUGCCAAAACUAACAUCUGUUGAGUACUUUCUGUGUCUCAGUGAUUUGUUUAAAAGCUUCUGAAACAGAAUUUAAAGGAUUUCAUUUUGUUUAGAUGAUUUUUUUUUCUGCUGCAAUGAUGGUUUGAUUAAAACAAAACAAAAGAUUACCAUAAUGCCAUUUCUAUAAACAACUAUCUUCAUGAAUGUGUUUUUUUAAGUUUUGAAAGUUAAAUAUUCAGCUCUUUAGAAUAAAUUAAUUUUCAGACGAAACUGUUCAUAAAAUGGUUUAUUGAUGUAAAAUCUACAAAUAAAUUAACAUAAAUUAAAACACUAAAAGAAUCAAAGAUUGUCUUCAUGUCACCGAGUCUGUUUGGCACGAAGCUUCUGUAACGUUUUCUGUGGAGAUUAAAAAAAAUUAAAAGUUGAUGAGCAGCAGUUUGACACCUGCAGAAUGUUUUUUUUAAAUAAAAACCUUGUGGAACUCUU